AUGUUGUCCGACUCCGAGUCGAGCUCGUCUGAAGAUGACGUAGAGGCGAAGCAAAAGCCGAGGCAGCAGUCCGCGGCCGCGACACAACCACAACGGACAGACGCCACGGAUUUCGCGUCUGAGCGGCAACGGAAGGAGCAGGCGAAGAAAGGCCAUUCAUAUUCGCGCUUCCACCUCGGCAAUGAACACUUCAGAAGCAAAGGUAGAAUCAGCAGGCGUGACGGUCGGCUUAACAUCUCAAUCAAUGAGACGGCCAACAGCGGGUAUAUUGCGAAAGCGUUGGGGCAGAGCAUUCGCCAUCAUCUAGACAUUCCGAAGCGACGGAAGAGCCAUGAGCAUCGCCAUCUGGAUGUCAAGAAGGAAGAGGAUGACAAGCUCGACACAGACGCCGCUAGCAUUGCGUCUUCGCUACGAACAACGGCAGCUCGACCCAGGCUUAACAUUGUGAUUAUGGUCAUUGGCAGCCGAGGCGACAUUCAACCUUUCCUGAAGAUAGGCAAGAUACUGAAGAACGAGUACGGUCACCGAGUCCGCAUCGCUAGUCAUCCGACCUUUCGCGACUUUGUGGAGAAGGACACUGGUCUAGACUUCUUUAGCGUAGGCGGCGACCCGAGUGAGCUCAUGGCCUUCAUGGUGAAGAACCCAGGCCUCAUCCCUAACAUCAAGACCAUCCGCGAAGGCGAGAUCCAGCGGCGUCGAGCAGCAAUGGCGGUCAUGUUUGAGGGCUUCUGGCGCGCUUGCGUGAACACUACCGACGAUGAGAAAGAUAUCGAAAACCUUAAGAUGAUGGGUGACAAGCAGCCUUUUAUCGCUGAUGCCAUCAUUGCGAACCCGCCGAGUAUGGCUCACGUACACAUCGCGGAGAAGCUUGGCAUUCCGCUGCACAUGAUGUUCACCUUCCCGUAUAGCCCGACGGAGAUGUUUCCGCAUCCGUUGGCGAACAUCAAGCCAAGGAAGAGUAACGUUGAUGAGAACUAUGUCAACUUCAUGAGCUUCCCACUGGUCGAGAUGAUGACUUGGCAAGGCUUGGGCGAUAUUGUCAACAAAUUCCGGGAGCGGACGUUAGGGCUGGAGCCUGUCUCCUCGCUAUGGGCCCCCGGUGCGCUAUAUCGCAUGAAAGUGCCGUAUACGUACCUUUGGAGUCCGUCACUUGUGCCGAAACCGAAGGAUUGGGGUCCGGAAAUCGAUAUUGCUGGAUUUGUCUUUCUGGAUCUAGCGAGCAACUUCCAGCCGAGUCAAGAGCUGACGGACUUCCUCAGUGCCGGAGAGCCACCUGUUUAUAUCGGCUUCGGUUCGAUUGUGGUGGACGAUCCGAACGCCUUUACGGAGAUGAUUUUCGAAGCGACACGCAUAGCCGGUGUACGCGCUCUUGUGAACAAGGGCUGGGGCGGACUUGGCCAAGACGGCAGUAACACGCCCGACCACAUCUUCAUGCUUGGCAAUACGCCCCAUGACUGGCUCUUCCCGAAAGUGCAGGCUGUCGUCCAUCACGGUGGAGCAGGCACGACUGCAAUAGGUCUGAAGUGCGGUAAGCCGACCAUGAUCGUGCCGUUUUUCGGCGACCAGCCGUUCUGGGGUGCGAUGGUGGCCGAGGCCAAAGCGGGUGCACACAAGUGCAUACCAUAUAAGCAUCUAACCGCCGAGAGACUUGCGGAGGGUAUCAAGCAGUGUCUAACUGAAGAAGCGCGGCGGAACGUGCAGAGGAUCGCCGAUAGCAUUGUAGCUGAGGGUGACGGCGCAGAGAAUGCAGUCAAGAGUUUCCAUCGUAGCUUGCCGCUAGCUGGGAGGAAGAACAUGCGGUGCUCGAUUUUACAGGAUCGUGUCGCAGUGUGGCAGUUGCGAAAGUCCAGUCUGCGGCUUUCGGCCCUGGCGGCGGAGCUGCUAUACGAGCGUGGGAAGAUCAGGUGGAGCGACCUUAAGCUGCUGCGGCACUACGAAUGGGCCGACUUCGACGGGCCAGGUGAGCCGAUCACUGGAUCAGUGGGCGCGGUCAAGGACAGUCUUUACGGUAUUGGUGAAGGUGUCGGUAUGGUACCGGUCAGGAUUGCGAAGCACAUUCGCCAGCGCGAGGAGCACACUCGGAAGAAGCAGCAUGUCCGACGCAAGAAAGAGGAGCGGCAGCGAAGGAAGGCGGUGCGGAAGGCGGAGAAGGAGGGCAUUAUGAAUCCGACAAUGCACAACAAUGCGAUCAACGCCGACGCCGGACCAGGGGUUCCUAGGAAAGGCACUUCGAACACAGUAGGCUCAACUUUAUCAGCCGACCCUUCAGUCCCGCUUGCCCGAGAAGUUGCAGAGGAUGUUGGCUUGGGUCUCAGACGAGCGGGAGGCGCCCUGAUCACAGCACCCAACGACCUUCACGUGGCCAUUGCACAGGGUUUCCACAACGCACCACGGCUAUGGGGCGACGCUACCGUCCGAAAGCCCGUACGCAUCACCGGCUUCAAGUCCGGCUGCAACGCCGCGGGCAAGGAGUUUGUGUACGGCAUUUGGGACGGCUGGACCGGACUCAUCAGCCAGCCUGUAGGCGAGUGGCGCGAUGCGGACACCAUGCCAACCAAGCUCGCCGGCUUGAGCGCUGGUAUAGGUAAGGGUGUAGGUGGCUUUGUGCUCAAGAAUAUCAACGCUGUUGUUGCGCCUCCGGCGUACUUCGGGAAGGGCAUUGUUCGCUACGCAGAGAACAAGAUAGAAGGUGGCGGCAGUAAGCAAUCCAUUCGACGAGCUCACAUCAUUCAGGGCCAGAAGGACGGUAGCGAGGACGCGCAGCACAAUUUGCAAGACGUCAAAAGUCGUGUGAGCGAAGGCUGGAGAACCUACGAAGAGAUCUGGCGUGAAGCGAAUCAAAUAGGCCGAAAUAGGCUACGAAGGGAGAAGAAGUCGUGGGACGUCAACGGCGCGCUUGAGAACGUCGAUACCGCCAAUCGCGCUUUACGGACGAAGAAGGAUGGCCACGAUCUUGACCGUUUGUUCGCGAAGCGGAGAAGGGAGCUUGCGCAGGCUGAGCAGCCGAGGGCACCGGCUAUGGAGCAGGUGGCAACGUUUGCGGAGGAUGAUAAGGUGUUGCCGAACGGGCACGUCGCCGGCACGGCUAAUGGAAGCAGGGCCGAAGUGGCAAGCCAGCAUUUAGGGGCCGAGCAGAAUCCGCAGAGAUACCUCGACCAGACGGAAGAGACGAAAGAAGGCGGUGCUCUGAGUGACAACGACGAGGCAGGCUCUGGCACAACGGCUGUCGCGACGCCUGAGGAUGAUAAUGCCGGCGGAGACGAUGGGCAUGAGAAAGCACGUUUGCCUGGCCAACUGCGGUUUGGGGAGAAGGCUGCGAGCUUAUCACACCACAAUGUGAUGCAGCAGAGUCGAGUAGUGUCAUAG